AAUCUGAAUGUGCCAGAAUGUGACAUUACUUUCAAUGAAUCGUACCUAACGAGAGACUAAAGGGGAGGGGAGGGUGGUGGUUGGGAGAGAGAGAGAGACAAUGGGACAAAGUACGAAAGAAAUAAGGAGAGAGAGAGAAAUAAAGAGAGAGAGAGAGAGAGAAAUAGAGCGAGAGAGAGAGAGAGAGGGAGAGGAGCAGGUUGCACUGCAGAAGUAUCAGGGGUAAUAAACCGGAGGGUGGACGUGCCCCUCUGCUCUUCUCUCUCGCCUCCUCCGCAGUGCACUUGCAGCUGAGCAGUACUCUGGACAGGACGGUUUCCCCCCCAUCUCCUCUUCAUCAUCUUCUCCCUCUCUCUCCCCCCCUCUCUCUCUCUCCUCUGACUGUGUUGUUGAGGUCGUGAGUAACAGUGGAGGUGUCGAGGAGGGGGCACCGGCACUUGCGUCUGACUCCAGUUUCGGAGGUCCCGGACAGACGCGUAAUGGUGCGGAUUCAUUGAGAAAAAAAAAGAGAGAAAAAAAAAGAAAGAAAAAAACCCGCGCCGCUGGAAUUAAAAUGAGCACUCCUGCUGAGCGGCUCUCCUCCUCCACAUAGCGCUGCCUUCUCUGCACUACAUCUGUUUUAUGUGACUUGAGCAGACGAAGCAGGAUGACUACUACCUUAUCGCUCGUGAUUUUGUGCGCACUGGUGGCAUUAGCGCUGGCCUCUAAAACGGAGCGCGUCGUGCAGCUCCCCUGUGACUCCGGCCAGUACACCAGAAGUGGAGAAUGCUGCAACGAGUGUCCACCUGGAGAGGGGGUGGUGAAGAAAUGCGGCGCCACUCAGACCGUCUGCGCCCAGUGUUUGGACAGUGAGACCUUCUCAGAGAACUACAGCCUCACAGAGCAGUGCAGGCCGUGCACCGAGUGCACCGGCUUGAUGCGAAUGGAGACGCCCUGCACUGACUCCAACGACGCCAAGUGCAUCUGUAACUACAACUACUACUUCAACGGGGCGGCCGGCCGCUGCGAGCCGUGCACGGUGUGUCCGGUGGGACAGGGCGUGUACACUCGCUGCGAUCAUGAUCACGACACGGUGUGUGAGGAGUGCGUGGAUGAGACCUUCUCUGACCGGGAAAGCUCCAUCGAACCCUGCCUGCCCUGCACCAUCUGUGACGAGGGCAUCGAGAUACAGAUGGCUGAUUGCACACCGUCCAGUGACUCUAUCUGCCAUAAUCCUUACGUGACUACUUAUGCAACUACUACCUCUGAUAUGGAUCUGGCUUCAUCCUCCUUCCCCGACUUGUUACCCGACGUGUCUGAUGGCCCAUUCCCCAGAGAGACAACUACGUCCAGCUCCGGUUCUCCUCGCUUCCUUGGUCACGGCCUCAAUGAAAACCUAAUCCCCAUCUACUGCUCAAUCCUGGCUGCCGUGGUGGUGGGCCUGGUGGCUUAUAUCGUUUUUAAGAGGUGGAAUAGCUGCAAGCAGAACAAGCAGGCAGCUAACAACCGUGCAGCUACGAACAACCAGAUGGUGACGCCGGAGGGAGAGAAGCUGCACAGCGACAGUGGCAUCUCGGUGGACAGUCAGAGUCUGCAUGAGCAGCAGCAGCAGCAGCAGGCCAAGGCUGAAGUCCAGGCUCAACCUUCCCACUCACACACUCAGGAACAGAUAGUGGUGAGGGUGGACGGGGACCCUGAGUCUGACUCUCCUCCCCCUGAGGUCUGAGGGAGACGAUGAAGAGGAAGAGGAGGCAUCAGAGAGGAAGACAGGGGCAUGAGAGAUGAGAGAGGGGACUUGAAACGUGGACCAAAACGAAGGCAGUGGGGGGGUGGCCACACAGAGAAAAAAAAAACUGACUCCGAUUUGUAUAUGAAGUGGCCGCAGAGCAACAGCUUGACUUAUACGGACCUCCCCGCACCUUUGGGACACAGUCUGACUCUUCAUCCCCGGAUAUAGAGUCUAGCUCUGUCAUACAGUGUGCCUGGACACAACCUCUACGGCAAUAUCAACCACUAUCUGAACCAUGUCACGCAGAUUGUAGGUAUAUGCCAGUGCAUCUUGUAUUAAGUGACUCUUCCAGGCGUAUGUCGUAAUUCUCAGUAGCUGCCAGUUAGAUCCUUCAGCCUUUCCUUUUAUUUCUAUGAUCUCUUUACAGUUGACGUCUGUGCCUGGAAUGUAAAUUUCAGAAAGGUACUUGACUCUGUCCUCUUUCUCCUGUGCAUCAAAGAGACCGGGGCAUUUUUUUUUAUAUACUCCCACACCUUCCUCCUCCGUGAAAUCCCAUUCUCAGAUAGUUCUCCGUCUCUCUCUCCAUAGGAUUCAGUCUAUUAGGCCCCCGCUGCUAUCGGCGACGCAAAAAUCAGCGGGCGAGGCGUGAGUCACUCCCAACUUCUCCUAAAGUUCCUUAUCUUUGUAUUAUUUCCAUGCAGGUGCGAUUCCCCUCAUGUUGUCCCGUCUUAUCUAGAACGCUCGUGUCACUGUUGCAAGUGACGCAUAUGUGGGAAGAGCUGAUGAUGAGCAUGUAGUGCGCUUGUGUAUUUUUCUUCCCCGAAACGCUUCGUCCCCAGUCUGACAUCACCCCUUCACAGCGCGUCCAGGGGUUGUAUUUCAGUGAUUUCAUGCUUAUGAUGUAACGCCACCGAAUGUUUUUGUGGCCGGUUCGGCAGGUUGCCUCCACAGUCCUCCGUGGACGUGUCUGGAUGCGCAACACCGGGGGGAACAUCUCUGGACUGUGGAGCUCUGCUGACUCACUGCACGCCAUCUGAUGAGCAAAAAGAUAAAACUGCUCGUAUCAGCCGUGGUCACGCAACAGACUUUUCUGUGAAUUUGGAACUGAAAAAAAAAACGACGAGAAAUCCCAUUCAUAAUAAUUCACACUCACCGAGCGUAAAAUUGAGGCAACCCCGAGAGGUGCACAUUCAUUUCACAUUCCCCACAAACACCUCCGUCUUCACAUGUUCCCCCUCGCUGUCUCGCGUACUACUCUGACUGUGUUAUCGAGUCUGAUAAACAGUGCUGAGGCACUAAUGCUUCGUCGUUGGCGCUCGCGUCAAGACAGGGGCCAUUAGGGAGACGUACUGACAGACAGGUAGUAAUUACCUCAGGGUUUCAGCUUCAUUUACACUCUGCCCCACUCUCAUCUGGAUUAAUGAUGUGCACGGCAAAGGGGUGACACGGCCCUCGCCAAAGCCUCAGUGUGACAUUACGGAUCUCUCAUCCACCUCUGAGGUCACUGACAUUUACUACAUCGCCAUGGUGAUAUAAAAGCACUUAGUCCAGGCUCACUUCUAGGGGUGAGUGCCACCUUUUAUCACGGAGGGCCAGUUCAUGUCGACCCCUCCUGCAGCUCACAGUGACUGCAAAGGCGGCGGACUUGGGAAGUAGAAGGAAGCAUACUUAUAGCCGAGCUUGACCGCACCGCUUUAGCAUUCCCACAGGGCGCCUAAAUAUUCAGGUUCCCCCGUGUUGUGGUUUGACACAAAAUGCAAGGAGAUGAUUUUUAUAUAAACAGUCUGUAGAGAGGAAAAGAGGUGGAGGCACAGAAACAUAGGCUGGCAUACCUACGAUUUCAGAACGGUUUAGAAACAUGUUAAAUUAAAGGAAGUUUGUCAAGACAUGGGUGAGAAGAUUAAUUCCAUUCACAAGUUUGUGCGUUACAUGUGAAGCUACUUCUGGCGAGCUACAGCUUAGCAUAAAAACAGUAAGCGUAAAACAGUAAAAAGGAUAUAGCUCAGGGGUGUCAAACUCGUUUUAUUCGAGGGGCCACAUACAUCCCAGUUUGAUCUCAAAGAGGACGGACCUGUAACACAAUAGCAUAUUAAUCUACAUAUAAUGACAACUCCCAACAAUUUUCUGUUGUUUCAGUGCAAAGAAGUACAUUAUGAAAGUGUUUAUUAUUAUUAUUACAUUUAUUGAACUGCACUAUUACAGAGCCUGUAAUGAACAACCGGACAUAUCUUAAGAAAAACAAGUGAAGUUUCUGUUUAGUUCUAGGUGUCAGUGUUGCGUCCUACAAAUAUUAUUUACAUUUAUUGGACAAACUUCAGUUAAUGUCUUCAAUUUAUUUUUCCACUUAGGCAGUUUAGGCCAGAUUAGACCCUCCUUUGACACCCGUGAUAUAGCUUCACCUUUGGUUUUGUCCAGAGUCUUAAACGUAAAACAUGACUCACAGGAAUUAUUUGUCACUCCAUUAUCUCUGGAUGACUGGAAUUGAUCUUCUCGUCUACUGUAACUUGAAAAGAAGAUGCCGCGUGACGCUUCAUUGGUCAGCCACACGGUCGCCGACACCUCAAGACAAUUAAACCCCUCUCCUCUCCUUGAUUCAUAAGUCACUGCAGUGUAAUGAGAGGAAACAAAAAAACACUGCUGUUGCUCACAGCCCCGCAACUGAUGCGGUGCGGACAUGUGAUCACACACACACACUGACACAGACAAUCCACUCCUGUGAGCUGGUGUGAUCAAUCCUGAUCCCAGCUGUGGCAGCGACAUUAAAAAAGACUUUGCUACAGUAUGCGUACUCUGCUACAGUGUCCAGAGUGUUGGUUUAAAGAUCCGGCAGUGCGCUCAUGUACCAACUGAACCCACGUAUUCCCUUUCUCCAGUGAGACACUCAUUGUAAGAAUGUACGACAAGACAGAAAAAAUAUGCAAGACACAUUCAAGGAUGAGGUUUAAGUUUGCUCCAACUGUUUUGUUGUGAAUUUUUUUGUCUUUCCAUAUCCCGUUUGUUUGUCUUAUGAAUAGAAUUACACUUUUGGAAUGAAUAUUUUUUCUAACUGAUGUUAUUUUGUAGCACUUAUUAGACGUAAUAUGAAUGCACUCAAAGAGUGUACCACAGUUCAAGUGCCUGUGUACAGUGUCCAGCGUCUUUGAGUUGAAGUUUGACUUGUUUUUCCAGAUUAUUUUCAGUUUUUAAAUCGGCGUUUCGUUCCACAUUUUGAGAGUUAAUGAAGGUUUUUCGUAAAUCAAGGUCAGCACUAUAGAUGAACCUUGGAGACUCAAGCAAACUGUAUACACUUGUCGCCUAUAUAGAGAGACUUACAGUACAAAUAGGUCGCCAUUGAACACACAGUGUCAGUGUAUGUUAACAUGCUAUAAAUAAUGGCAAUCAAUAGGGUCAUGUAGCAUUAUCUAAACAUAUACAUGUCAACUAGGACUUUUACUCUAAAACUCAUGUAUUUGUCAAUAACAGCUUUACUGUGCAGAUGUUUGCAUGUACAGUAAGUUUUAUCACAAACCCCCAUUUCAGAGGCAACCGGACAUGUGAUCUGCAGUAACGCUACAUCCAUGCGGAGGUUCACUGUGAUUCUCUGUGAUGUUAUUACUUGAUCCAGACAGUGCAGGAGUUGGUCCCAGAAAAGCUGAAUGUCAUCAGUUGUACACUACUAAUGUAAAAUGCAUUGUGUAAAUGUGAAUUUCUUAGAGUUGAUACAAGCUACCAGGAUACUCUAUAAAACUGUAAAAAAAUGCGUGCAAGUGAAAUCAACAUCUAUAGUAAAAUAAACCGAGAUGUCAUUGCA